AUGGGAGUGGAACCACUCACUGAAGAUCAGCUUGCAGAAGGAAAGACGUUCGUGGAGGUACAAGCGAAAGAUGCCAAGUAUAUCGCCGCGUGUGACCGGCUGAGAACGGUAGGGUUGGAAGCAUAUCACAUUGUUGGCGUUCGUUUUCGACCUAGCAGGAAGCGCCCGCUACAGUCUUGUAUAGCAGGCCCCAUUCCGCAAGACAGUGGACGCAACAAAGAAGCAGUGGCUGACCAGGGCAACUACGAAGAAGAGGAUAAGGGCGAUAACGACGAAAAGGGCUCCGAGCCUGAGGACAACAACCGUUACUCGUCGAGGGUAAGCCGGCAGAAGAACGCCUGGGCGAAGCGCGAGUUCGAUAGGAUGUUCACAGGGCCGGAAUAG